CUUUGUCUCUUCUUCUUCUUCCUUCUUACUGCCUUUCUCCUCCCCUUGGAUUGCUCCUCCUACCAACAGCCUUCACUAUCCCUACCCCUGCCUUUUAUCCCUGUUGGCCCCAUCCCUCUUCAAGGCCUCCAAGUCUCAAGGCCAAUCCAUCUGCCCCACAGGAUGCCACACUUGGACCUGUCCUGGCUGGGACUGAGGCUGGAAGCAUCCUUGCUGUGGCUGCUUUUGCUGCUGAUCGGAGCUUCCUGGCUCUUGGCCCGCAUCCUGACUCAGACCUGUGUCUUCUACAAAACAUAUCAUCAUCUUCGUGCUUUCCCUCAACCUCCCAAACGGAAUUGGUUCUUGGGUCAUCUGGGCAUGGUCACCCUCAGUGAGCACGGUCUGAAGGAGGUGACUAAGCUGGUGGCCACAUACCCCCAGGGCUUCAUGACAUGGUUGGGGCCCAUUUUCCCCAUCGUCACUCUGUGUCACCCUGACACCAUUCGGUCUGUUCUCAAUGCCUCAGCUUCAGUUGCCCUAAAGGAAGUAAUCUUCUACAGUUUCCUGAAACCCUGGCUGGGGGAUGGGCUCUUGGUGAGUGCCGGUGACAAGUGGAGCCGCCACCGUCGCAUGCUGACACCCGCUUUCCACUUCAACAUCCUGAAACCCUAUGUGAAGAUUUUCAAUGACAGCACCAACAUCAUGCACGCCAAGUGGCAGCGCCUGGCCUCAGGUGGCAGUGCCCGUCUGGACAUGUUUGAGAACAUCAGCCUGAUGACCUUGGACAGCCUGCAGAAGUGUGUCUUCAGUUCUGAUGGCCACUGCCAGGAGCAGCCCAGUGACUACAUUUCUGCUGUCUUGGAACUCAGUGCCUUAGUGUCCAAACGGUGCCAGCAAGUCCUUCUGCACAUAGACUCACUUUACCAGCUCACCCCUGAUGGGCAGCGCUUCCAUGAGGCCUGCCGUGUGGUGCACGACUUCACCGAUGCUGUUAUCCAGGAUCGACGUCACACUCUGCCCAGCAAGCAUGGUGACGAUCUCCUCAAGAACAAGGCCAAGUCCAAAACUUUGGAUUUCAUUGAUGUGCUGCUUCUCACCAAGGAUGAAGAUGGAAAGGAGCUGUCAGAUGAGGACAUUAGAUCAGAGGCUGACACCUUCAUGUUUGAGGGUCAUGACACCACAGCCAGUGGGCUCUCCUGGGUCCUGUAUAACCUGGCAAAGCACCCAGAAUACCAGGAGCGCUGCCGGCAGGAGGUGCAGGAACUCCUGAGGGGCCGUGAGUCUACAGAGAUUGAAUGUGCGUGUGCUGUGUUCCUCAGGGAUGACCUGGCCCAGUUGCCCUUCCUGACCAUGUGCAUCAAGGAGAGCCUGCGGCUGCAUCCUCCAGUCACGGUCAUCUCCCGACGCUGCACCCAGGACGUUGUGCUCCCAGAUGACCGGGUCAUCCCUAAAGGUGUUGUCUGCAUCAUCAAUAUUUUCGCGACCCAUCACAACCCAACUGUGUGGCCUGACCCUGAGGUCUAUGACCCCUUCCGCUUUGACCCAGAGAACAUCAAGGACAGGUCACCUCUGGCUUUUAUUCCCUUCUCGGCUGGGCCCAGGAACUGCAUAGGACAGACCUUCGCCAUGAGCGAGUUGAAGGUGGUGCUGGCGCUGACCUUGCUGCGUUUCCGCAUCCUGCCUGAUGACAGCGAGCCACUCAGGAAGCCGGAGCUGAUCCUGCGCGCGGAGGGUGGGCUGUGGCUGCGGGUGGAGCCGCUGAGUGUACAGUGA